AUGUACAAGCUUCGGAAUCGCGACUUAUUGGAUAGAUUUCUUAACAAGACCAGUUUCAACGACUCUCCGUCCCAAGAAGCUCUUGCGGUCAGUCAAUCGCAUGAUGGAAGUACAAAUGUGCGUACACGGCCUGAAUUGUACUACUGCACUAUUCGCAAUAUUCCGUCUUGGAUGAGGUCGAAAGACCUACGGCGAUACUUUUCGGACUUUACUGAAAACGGAAAGUUCCAAUGUUUUCACUACAGGCAUCGACCUGAACUUCAGCAAGAGAUGUGGCGACGCGACCAUCUUCAAGCACUGGGACCGGUAGCAAGAAAGAGCGCUACAAAUUGUUGUGUAGUGAGUUUUGCCUCGUCGGCGUUGAGAAGCGAGUUCAUCCGUGAAUUCCAUGGUCGACAUUGGAUGAAUAACGAAGGAAUGGAAAUCCCUCGUCGCUGUUUUGUCACCGCUAUAAAGCUUGCAAAUGCAUCCGAAGGAACUUCUGAUUCAUUAACGAGCGCCGAUCUUCGCCAACUGAUCGAGCUUCGUCCACCUGCAGUAAUGCCUCAUGGCAACGUUGGAACUCCGACGAAAUACUUCAUGGAACAGAUUCGUCUCUGUCGUCUGCCAGCUUCCCUUAUCCCCAAAUUGGGCUUGAAAACAAGUCGGCGAAAAAGAAAAUACGAUUCAGUGGAAUUUCAUUACUCUUCUGAUGAAUACGAUGAAAAUGCCAUGGAAUCAGUGUCUGGGAUCGCCAAUGACAAGAGUUCAGCAGACGAUUCCCUCCGGAGAUCAAUCACAGAAAAAGCAAUACUAGAAGAAAGCCAGUCGCUCCGCGAGCAGGCUGUCGCAACUGAUCCAACUGAUCGGAUCCUUCAAACUGAUUUUGGGCCCGAUAACGAUGACGGUCCCGAUGAUGACGACGACCAGUGCGAGGAGUGGGAAAGGCAUGAGGCUCUUCACGACGAUGUCACGGAGCAGGAUCGAAUCAAACCUCGCAAAGUAUGA